CACUCCCACAUUUCCCUUAAGUUCCCUAUUCCAACCGGAAACAUAUCAAAUCCACAAAACACACAAUUAUUAGCCGCCACCACCGCCUACCAUCUCUCUCUUUUCCAAUCUAUCCCCGCCGUCGUCACAGCUACAGACUCACCGGAGCCGAAAGGUUGAGCCCCAAGUUUGACCGAUUCAGACAAAAUAAUCGAAGCGAUGGUUGUUGUUGACACCGCUACAGGAGAUGCUGAAAUCAGUGUGGGUUUAAGCACUUCUCCGCCCUCAUCCACCUCUUCCAUUCCCGACUCCUCCUCCUCAAUUGCAUCAUCGACCUCCUCCGUGGCCAAUGAUCAGGACCAAUCCAUCGACCAUGAUCACAACAACCCGCCCCCUUCACUGUCCAAAACUCUUCAAGGUCACCGCCAAUCUAAUUCCACUGUUGGCGAUGACGAUGUUGAUGCUGAAGAGGCACGUGAGUAUGAAAGGAACAUAAGGGAAUUGCAAGACUUGUUCUCCAAGCUCAACCCCAUGGCUAAGGAAUUUGUUCCCCCUUCUCUGUCUAACAACCAAUACGACCCCACCAAAGCUAAUGCCAAUGCCAAAAAUAAUCACUUGCUAACUGCGACCCUUGCCACACUCCAUGCUUUCAACCCUAUUUUUUACCGUGACAAUGCCAACAACGAUAACAGUCCAGUUAUGGUAUUCGAUGUCACUAAGAAUGAUCAUCUCAAUGGAACUGCCAGAAAGAAGAAAAACUUUGGGCAAGCAAAGCGUAGAAUGAAUACUAGAACAAGCAUGGCUCAGCGGGAGGAGAUAAUCCGUCGGACUGUCUAUGUGUCUGACAUUGAUCAACAGGUCACUGAGGAGCAGCUUGCAGCUCUAUUUGUUGCUUGUGGACAGGUUGUUGAUUGUCGCAUCUGUGGGGAUCCCAAUUCUAUGUUGCGUUUUGCCUUUAUCGAGUUCACUAAUGAGGAUGGUGCAGGGGCUGCACUAAAUCUGUCAGGAACUUUGUUGGGAUUCUACCCGGUAAGGGUGCUUCCUUCCAAGACUGCCAUAGCGCCAGUUAACCCAACCUUUCUGCCCAGGAAUGAUGAUGAACGGGAGAUGUGUACUAGAACUAUUUAUUGCACAAAUAUCGAUAAGAAGGUGACUCAAGCUGAUGUUAAGCUCUUUUUUGAAUCUACUUGUGGAGAGGUUUAUCGCUUGAGGCUUCUUGGAGACUAUCACCACUCUACCCGCAUUGCUUUUGUGGAGUUUGUGCAGUCUAGAGUUUGUGGCAUGAGCAAUGUGCAGGCUGAGAGUGCAAUAGUUGCCCUGAAUUGCAGUGGCGUGGUGUUGGGUGCACUACCCAUAAGGGUGAGCCCAUCGAAGACACCAGUUCGCCCGCGUUCUCCUCGCCUGCCCCUGAACUGAAGCAUGUUGUUGGUGUCUGUUAGUUG